AUGGCAGUGGCGAUGAAUUGUUCAGAUAUAGUUGAUCUAUUUAACAAACACUCUCUUAGUAUCGACAGUUCAGUUGUGAUAGCAAUGCAAAGUGGAAAUACGGACUCUCCGACAGCAGAUCAAUCGGAAAUGGCACAUGAUACAGAGCGCAGUCGUAGCACCAGUGACGUAUCACGUCCUUUUGUAUACAAGCGUUCUACAUGCAAAGAGUUUCCAACCGCGGUUGUUGGUGAUGUUGGCACAUGUAAAAACAAUCGGAGUGUCAAAAACAGAGAUUCUUCAACUUAUGGCUGGUCAAUGGAAGUACCCGGUGACAUGCACGCCAAAGGUUAUCUUUGUGAGGCUGCUUUUAAAGCUAUGGGUGUUGGAGGCUUCCAUAAAGUUGUGAAUGAUGUAAUGAAAAGACCAAAGCCAACGAAGGAGACGUUUAAGAAACGGAAAUUUCAGGAACAAAAUCUUAACAGAAUCAAGGAAAGUGUUCGUGAUGGAAGCAGAGCAUAUGGAAUGGCUGCAGUAGCAGAAUUUCAUAAAUCAGUGGACUUUCCUAAUAGUGAGGAUUUACUGAAAUCUUUGCAUAAGUUUGGUGAUCACAAUUGUAUUGUACUCCGAAAUUUCAAGAACUGGUUGUCUGAAAGUGCAGAAAGUAGUGCUAAACACAAAUACAACCAGCAAUUAUUUACUCUCUUUGGCCCGCUUUUAGAGAUGUUCAUUACGGCUGGAAAGAAUGGUGAUGGUCAGCUAUAA